AUGGAAGGCUUCAUAUCGGCAUACCUUGAAGUUUUUGGAGGCACCGACCGGGUAGCUGCACGCAACAAAUUGAAAGGUUGCAAACAGCAUUUCAGAGCCUCAAUUACACGUGUCAAGCGCAAUCGGGCGGUGAUCCAGGCUGAUGAGGUUGUGAGUGAAUUUUCAUCUCAUCACAUUCCGCCAUAUAACCCCCAAGCAUUCUGA